ACCGAAGCCUUUUUUAAUCAUCGCAGACCCUGCAUACCGUUGUGUUCACUUGGUCUCUCAAACCAAAUCCACGUUCUAGCUAGUGUUCACGAAGCGCACAUAUACACAUAAUGCCUAUCUUCGACCAUUACAAGGUGCCCUCGUCGGCUCAGGCUUUGCCGCUGCCAGAGGAGCCUUCUGCCAAAACUUUCAUCUGCUUCAUCGCGUCUACCGACCCGAAGACGAACCAAGCAUGGUGCCCCGACGUUCGUGCUGCGCUGCCCGUACUGAAAAGGGCUUUUGGUGGCGAAACCGCACCUGAGCUCAGAUACGUCCACGUUGGCCAGAUACCAGAGUGGAGAUCGUCCGACAACGUGUACAGGAAGAAGUGGGGAGUCAAAAGCGUCCCGACUCUGGCGCGCUAUGAGCGCAUCGACGGCAAGGUUCAAGAAACCGGCAAACUGGAGGAAGGUGAAAUCCUUGAUUCAAAGAAGUUGAAGAGCUUGCUUGGUGGAAGUCUGGCAGCCCUGUAGCAAUAACGAGAGAUGGAAUGCCUGCCUCACGAAUAAAUGCACUUAUUAGAUACCACCAAUUAUAAUGCACUCACG